CAGAAAGAAAGAAACUGAAGGUGGAGCGAUCGGUGGUCGUCCAUAUCUAAGCAACCCCCGCCGCCGCCACCAUGUCCAUGAUCUUUGAUGAGUAUGGAAGACCCUACAUUAUCCUGCGGGACCAGGAAAACACAGAACGAAUCAAGGGCAUUGAAGCGAUCAAGAGUAACAUCCUUGCCGCGCGUACCGUGUCGAGCUUGUUGCGCACGUCCUUAGGUCCCAAAGGCAUGGACAAGAUGCUUGUCAACCAAGAUGGCGACGUCACGAUCUCGAACGACGGCGCGACAAUUCUCGAACAAAUGCAUGUUGAACACCGCGUUGCCCACUUGUUGGUGGAAUUGUCCCAAUCUCAAGACAAUGAAAUUGGAGACGGCACCACGGGAGUAGUCGUGCUUGCCGGCGCGCUCCUCGAGCAAGCUGAGAAGCUUCUCGCACGUGGGUUGCACCCGAUGCGCAUCGCCGACGGGUUUGAAGAAGCAUGUGCGGUUGCCGUCAAGAACUUGGAAGCCGUAAGCGACCGCAUCGAGUUUUCCAAGGACAACACGGCGCCUCUCACUGAGACCGCCAUGACAACGUUGUCCAGCAAAAUCAUCAACAAAUACAAGCGCCAAAUGGCCGAGAUCGCCGUGAACGCUGUGACGAGUGUUGCUAACUGGGAGACCCGCGACGUCAACUUCGACCUGAUUAAGGUCGAGGGUAAACCCGGGGGUACUUUGGAAGAAACCAAGUUGAUCCACGGGAUUGUGGUCGACAAGGACUUUUCCCAUCCACAAAUGGCCAAGGAAAUUCGCGACGCCAAGCUGUGCAUCUUGACAUGCGCGUUCGAACCUCCGAAACCCAAGACCAAGCACAAGCUCGACAUCACGUCAGUCGAAGCAUACGAGAGCCUGUACGCGCAAGAGCAGGAGUACUUUCGCACGAUGAUCCAGCAAGUCAAGGACAGCGGCGCGAACGUUGUGAUCUGCCAGUGGGGCUUUGACGACGAAGCUAAUCACUUGCUCCUUCAAAACGAACUCCCAGCCGUCCGCUGGGUGGGCGGCGUCGAGCUGGAACUGAUUGCGAUUGCUACGGGCGGUCGCAUCGUCCCGCGGUUCUCUGAACUGACCGCCGACAAGCUCGGCCACGCCGGCAUUGUCCGCGAAGUUGCGUUCGGCACGACCAAGGAACGCAUGCUCGUCAUCGAAGACUGCGCCAAGUCGGACGCGAUCACGGUCCUUGUCCGCGGUGGCAACAAGAUGAUUGUCGAAGAAGCCAAGCGCGCGCUCCACGAUGCCAUGUGUGUGACCCGCAACUUGAUCAAGAACAAUCGCGUCGUGUACGGCGGCGGUGCGGCUGAAAUCUCUUGCGCGAUUGCUAUUCGCAACCAUGCCAACCAAACCACAGGCAUCGAACAAUACGCCAUUCGUGGUUUUGCUGAAGCUCUCGAAGACAUCCCGAUGGCACUUGCAGAAAACUCGGGGUUGAGUCCCAUCGACUCGCUUUCGGCCGUCCGAGCGCAACAGAUUUCGGAGAAGAACCCCCGACUGGGAAUUGACUGCAACCAAACUGGCACGUUUGACAUGAAGGAACAGAACGUGUUUGAAACCUUAAUCGGGAAGCAACAACAAAUCCAACUGGCAACGCAAGUCGUGCGCAUGAUCCUGAAGAUCGACGACGUGAUGCUGGAAGGCGCUUACGCGUAGAAUAACCGAGUAUUAGGUGUAGGUAACAAAACACGAACCGACGUCGAUUCGUUAUGGUUGGACGGA